AUGUGGCAGGUUCAGAUGUAUGUGCGCAAUGGCAUGGUCAAUGGCUCCAUAAAGUCGAAGCACUGGAAGGGAAUAAGGCUUUACAUGAGUACCCCGGAGUGUGUUGAAAGAAGGAGGACGAGGCCUUUCGUUGUGCCGGUUAAAUGGCAUCCACCGGACCAACCGUGGGUCAAAUUGAAUAUGGAUGGCGCCUAUAAUGAGGUAACAGGAAAAGCCGGAGGGGGAAGGGUUGUUCGGGAUGCCUCGGGGAAGUUGCUCGUAGCCUUCGCAACACCCCUCGACGCUCAUUCAGCCCUAGAGGCAGAACUCAUGGCCAUCUAUCAUGGCGUGGAAUUGGCUAAGGAAUGCAUGAGACCUAUAAGGAUCGAGUCGAACUCCGCGCAAGUAGUUAAGUUGUUCAAGGACACACAUUGGGCCCGACGCACGUCCGCCAAACCAUGGCGCGAUUGGCGAUCUUCAAACAACAGCACCGAAAUUUCUGAGCCUCCACCAUUCCCCGGGAAGGGAACAAGGCGGCCGACCUCUUGGCUAAGAAGGGGCUCGAUCAAGAUAGCUACAGCCGCAUAA